AUGUUAGAUUAUCCACAAUUUAAAUUGCCUGAAUUUGUAAACUUAUGUUUCCAUAAUUAGCUAUUAGAUAAAAUCUAUUUAGAAGAUGUUAUUUCAACUGCUCUUAAUUUAAUAUUUUUUCAUCGUGCACUUGGCCCAGUCAAAUUGAAUCAUAUGAGAUGUGAACGUUUACCAAAAAUUACUCAAGUAUUAUUAUUAUUAUCUUUAGUUAAGAUGUGGGGAACCUUAAGUUGACAAGGACAUCAAGAAAUUAAUUGAUAAUAUCAAUAAUGAUCCUAACAUGAUUAAUUGCUAGUCUCUUUAAAUUUCUUUAAAAUUUAUGGAAGAACAACCAACAACACUCCUAUAAUUUUUUAAACCUAAACUUAAAGUAUUUGAAGAAUGGUUACUUUUGUUUUAAUUUGGUCUCUCCUCCCUUGAUAAAACUUAAGAUGAUUUCACACAUAUAUUGACUAAAAUUAUAGAUAUUGCAACUGCCAAUUAUGAUCAUUUUGAUGAACAAUUUGAUUAAUCCCAACAAAAACCAUUAAAAUACCCAUAUGAAGUAUAAUUUAACAAUUAUCAUUUUAGUUAACUUUUAAUUUAUAGUGA